UAUUUCUGUCUGCUGAGCGCAGCCCCGCCGAGGCGGGGGAGGGGGCGCCCGCGCCGCCAUAUUCCCUCCGGCCGCCGGCCCGGCGCGCAGCCACCAUGAGCACCGCCGCCUUCCACAUCUCCAGCCUGCUGGAGAAGAUGACGUCCAGCGACAAGGACUUCAGGUUCAUGGCCACCAGUGACCUGAUGUCGGAGCUGCAGAAGGACUCCAUCCAGCUGGACGAGGACAGUGAGCGCAAGGUGGUGAAGAUGCUGCUCAGGCUCCUGGAGGACAAGAACGGCGAAGUGCAGAACCUAGCAGUCAAGUGCCUGGGUCCUCUGGUGGGCAAAGUGAAGGAGUACCAGGUGGAGACCAUCGUGGACGCCCUCUGUGCCAACAUGCGCUCAGACAAGGAGCAGCUCCGAGAUAUCGCGGGCAUCGGCCUCAAGACUGUCCUCUCGGAGCUCCCCCCUGCAGCCACAGGCUCUGGCCUGGCCACCAACGUGUGCCGGAAGAUCACCGGCCAGCUCACCAGUGCCAUUGCCCAGCAGGAGGACGUGGCCGUGCAGCUGGAAGCCCUGGACAUCCUCUCUGACAUGCUGAGCAGGCUGGGCGCCCCGCUGGGCGCCUUCCACGCCAGCCUCCUGCACUGUCUGCUGCCGCAGCUGAGCAGUCCGCGCCUGGCCGUGCGCAAGCGGGCCGUCGGGGCGCUCGGCCACCUGGCGGCCGCCUGCAGCACCGACCUCUUCGUCGAGCUCGCCGACCAUCUGCUGGACCGGCUCCCUGGCCCGCGCGCGCCCGCCAGCCCCGCUGCCAUCCGCACCCUGAUCCAGUGUCUGGGCAGCGUCGGCCGCCAGGCCGGCCACCGCCUCGGGGCCCACCUGGACCGCCUGGUGCCCCUGGUGGAGGAGUUCUGCAACCUGGAUGACGAUGAGCUCCGAGAGUCCUGCCUCCAGGCUUUUGAGGCCUUCCUGAGGAAGUGCCCAAAGGAAAUGGGCCCUCAUGUGCCCAAUGUGACCAGCCUCUGCCUCGAGUACCUGAAGCACGACCCCAAUUAUAAUUACGACAGUGACGAGGACGAGGAACAGAUGGAGACAGAGGAUAGUGAAUUCAGUGAGCAAGAGAGUGAGGAAGAGUACAGUGACGAUGAUGACAUGAGCUGGAAGGUGCGCCGGGCAGCGGCCAAGUGCCUGGCGGCCUUGAUCGGCUCAAGGGCCGACCUGCUGCCCGACUUCCACUGUACCCUGGCGCCCGCGCUCAUCCGUCGCUUCAAGGAACGUGAGGAGAACGUCAAGGCUGAUGUCUUCGGAGCUUACAUCGUGCUGCUGCGGCAAACACGGCCCCCGAAGGGAUGGCUGGAGGCCGUGGAGGAGCCCACCCAGACCGGCAGCAACCUAAACAUGCUGCGAGGACAGGUACCCCUUGUGAUCAAGGCCCUGCAGCGGCAGCUUAAAGAUCGGAGUGUCAGGGCCCGCCAGGGCUGCUUCAGCCUCCUCGCGGAGCUGGCGGGUGUCCUCCCCGGCAGCCUGGCAGACCACAUGCCCGUCCUGGUAGCAGGCAUCAUAUUCUCACUGACAGACCGUUCCAGCUCCUCCACCAUCCGGAUGGACGCCCUGGCCUUCCUGCAGGGGCUGCUGGGCACAGAGCCACCCGAGGUUUUCCACCCACACCUGCCCACUCUCCUGCCACCUGUCAUAGCCUGUGUGGCUGACCCUUUCUACAAGAUCGCGGCUGAGGCCCUGCUGGUGCUGCAGGAGCUGGUGCGGGCCCUGUGGCCACUGGACAGACCUCGGGUGCUGGACCCCGAGCCAUACAUUGGAGAGAUGUCUGCGGCCACCCUGGCACGGCUCCGUGCUACCGACCUGGACCAGGAGGUGAAGGAACGGGCCAUCUCCUGCAUGGGCCACCUCAUGGGCCACCUAGGUGACCGGCUCGGGGAUGACCUGAAGCCUUCACUAUUACUCCUCCUGGACCGCCUGCGGAAUGAGAUAACCCGGCUGGCUGCUGUCAAGGCAUUGACGCUGGUAGCUGUGUCCCCGCUGCGGCUUGACCUGCAGCCCAUCCUGGCCGAGGCACUGCCCAUUCUGGCCUCGUUCCUGCGCAAGAACCAACGGGCGCUGCGGCUGGCCACACUGGCUGCGCUGGAUGCCCUGGCCCAGAGCCAGGGACUCAGCCUCCCUCCCUCCGCCGUGCGGGCUGUGCUGGCCGAGCUGCCUGCCCUGGUCAGCGAGAAUGACAUGCACGUGGCCCAGCUGGCUGUGGACUUCCUCACCACAGUGACACAGGCCCAGCCGGCCUCUUUGGCCGAGGUCAGUGGCCCUGUGCUCACAGAGCUGCUGCGGCUGCUGCGUUCGCCCCUGCUGCCAGCAGGUGUGCUGGCGGCCACCGAAGGCUUCCUGCAGGCUCUGGUGGGAACCCGCCCCCCGUGCAUGGACUACGCCGAGCUCAUCAGCCUGCUCACCGCACCUGUGUAUGACCAGGCUAUGGACGGCGGGCCCGGCCUGCACAAGCAGGUGUUCCACUCGCUGGCUCGGUGUGUGGCAGCCCUUGCAGCCGCCUGUCCCCAGGAGGCGGCAGGCACGGCAAACCGCCUGGUCUCUGAUGCCAGGUCACCCCACUCCAGCACAGCUGUCAAGGUCCUGGCAUUCCUGUCGCUGGCCGAAGUGGGCCAGGUGGCUGGACCGGGCCCCCAGCGGGAGCUGAAGGCAGUGCUUCUGGAUGCCUUGGGGUCGCCCAGUGAGGACGUGAGGGCGGCUGCCUCCUACGCGCUGGGCCGCGUGGGUGCUGGGAACCUGCCCGACUUCCUGCCCUUCCUGCUGGGGCAGAUCGAGGCCGAGCCCCGGCGGCAGUACCUGCUGCUGCACUCGCUCCGGGAGGCCCUGGGGGCCGCCCAGCCCGACAGCCUGAAGCCCUAUGCUGAGGAUAUCUGGGCCCUGCUCUUCCAGCGCUGUGAGGGUGCCGAGGAGGGCACCCGGGGGGUGGUGGCUGAGUGCAUCGGGAAGCUGGUCCUCGUGAACCCUCCGUUCCUUCUGCCCCGAUUCCGGAAGCAACUUGCUGCAGGUCGGCCCCACACGCGGAGCACUGUCAUCACAGCGGUCAAGUUCCUCAUCUCGGACCAGCCCCACUCCAUUGACCCCCUCCUGAAGAGCUUCAUUGGAGAGUUCAUGGAGAGCCUGCAGGACCCCGACCUGAACGUGCGCCGGGCCACUCUGGCUUUCUUCAACUCGGCCGUGCACAACAAGCCCUCGCUGGUCCGUGACCUGCUGGACGACAUCCUGCCCCUCCUCUACCAGGAGACGAAGAUCCGUCGGGACCUCAUCCGAGAGGUGGAGAUGGGACCCUUCAAGCACACAGUGGACGAUGGGCUGGACGUGCGGAAGGCGGCCUUCGAAUGCAUGUACUCGCUGCUCGAGAGCUGCCUGGGCCAGCUGGACAUCUGCGAGUUCCUGAACCGCGUGGAGGACGGCCUGAAGGACCACUACGAUAUCCGGAUGCUGACCUUCAUCAUGCUCGCACGCUUGGCUACCCUGUGUCCUGCGCCCGUCCUGCAGAGGGUGGACCGGCUCAUUGAGCCACUCAGGGCCACCUGCACUGCCAAGGUCAAAGCUGGUUCCGUGAAGCAGGAGUUCGAGAAGCAAGAUGAACUGAAGCGCUCUGCGAUGCGGGCAGUGGCCGCCCUGCUGACCAUACCUGAAGUGGGAAAAUGCCCCAUCAUGGCCGACUUCUCUUCCCAGAUCCGAUCCAACCCUGAACUUGCUGCCCUCUUCGAGAGCAUCCAGAAGGAUUCUGCUUCAGCCCCCAGCACAGACUCAAUGGAACUCAGCUAGUCCUCCCACAGCCCCCAGGUGGGCCCUUACUCAAGAGAAGGGGUCUGCCCAUCCGAGGCCUCAGCCUCCCACCACCACAGGCUGCAGGCCUCUACUUUUGCCCUUUCAUCUCACUGGGGGCACUCUUGCUCCUGCUCCGGGCUUACAGUGCCUUCUCCAGGGACCCCAAAUCAUAGGCCCCCAGCUGGAGCCCUUUAACUCAGGACAGUCAUUCAAACACGACACGGAAGUUUCCUAUUUCUUCCACACGAAGAUCAAUGACUGGCAGACCCUGCCUCACAACGUACUAAGUAGUAUUUAGACUCUCGUGCUCACAGCUGUGAAAGGUUGGGAGGCAGUGUGCCGGCCUGCCUUCCCACUGGCAUCCCAGAUUUGUCAUGCACACCACUCUUUUUUCAUUUCACUUAUCUGCCAAAAAUUCGUGCUUUGGCUGGGCACCUUAAAAACUCGGAUAAUUCUGAGUUAUUCACAUUUUAGAAUUCAAAAUGCUUUAUUUCCAAUUGGCAGUGAUGCAUCAUUAAAUGUGGAGUGUUUUGCAGGGGGAGGUGGUUGGGGUAGGGAAUUAGAUCUAAUGAUUUUUUUUCUAAUUUCAAAACUGUUCCGUAGCAACCCAGGAGAGCACAAAGGGCAAACCACCUUUCACGUCACCCCACCCAGGCAUAACCUGUUGGUUUGUCCUCUUGAGCAAGGUUUUGAACGUUGUUUCUAGUUUUUAGUAUUGAGGACACAGAAAUAUUAAGCGACAGGCCAAAGAAUUUUCUGUGCUGUCCCAGAAUAAAGGAGAUUCUGAAUUGUCA